AUCGAUCACAACAAAAUUUCCUCAUAUUGAGUCAUUAAUUACAAAAAUGAGCGUAGAGAUUCUCGACGGAGCAACAAUCCGAGCCUUCGUCAACGACGAAGCAGCCUUCACUGAGUCCGUAAAGGACCGGUUUGCCUACCUCGACUCUAACCACGACGGGCUCCUCUCCUACUCCGAAAUGGCUAAGGAGUUAAGAAGCCUGAGGGUCCUUGAGACUCAUUUCGGCAUUGACGAUGCCGGCCUGAGCUCGGAGGAGCUCGUCGGGCUCUACCGAGGCCUUUUCGCGAGGUUUGAUCAUGACGGUAACGGGAGCGUGGAUUUAGAGGAGUUCAAGGCGGAGAUGAAGGAGGUGAUGAUUGCGGUGGCGAAUGGGAUUGGGUUCUUGCCGGUGCAGAUGGUGGUCGAGGAGGGGAGCUUCUUGAAGGAAGCCGUGGAGAGGGAGUUGGCCGGAGCUGCAUAAGCUUAAUUAUAGCAAUUACAUGGCUAUAUACGAGAGAUGUUUUGAUUGUAUUUUCUAUCUUUUUUUUCUGCGUUUUAGAUGAAGUAUGAGAUUAUAAUUAAAGAAUGGAGAGUGGUAAUUUU